AUGAGAAUCGACUGGGCGCACACAUACUCCAAGAUGGCGACACCGAACUCCGUCCAAAAUAUGCCCAUCCCACCAGAAGAGCGCCUCGCUCUCGAACAACAAGCCCGAUACCAGCGCAUAACACGUAACCUAGCCAUCGGCGGCCUCGUAAUAUGUCCAAUAAUAGCCAUACUCCCACCACGAAAACUAGACCUCUAUACAUUCUCUCUAGGCAUCGGCUUCUACCUCUCCGCCGAUCAUCUCAUCACACUACGAACAGGCCGCGGCCUCGUACAAAACCUCAGUCCAGUGCGAGCCAUGGACCUACCGACCGAACGCGCAAAGGAGAUGCAGAAGAUAUUGCAAGAGGAAAGGGAAAAGAGUCGGAGGACACUGGAGCGGAAGGAAGGGCAAGAAAAGGGUAUACUUGGGAAGCUGUGGAUGGGUGAUGAGGAGGAGGGUUGGAAAGAGCGGCGAUUGGAGGAAGAAAAGAAAGCCAUUGAAGAAGGAAAGAGUUAUGGUGAUAUGAUAUUUGAACAGAUUUGGGAGGUUUGGAAUUGGGACAAGAAGAAGGGAAAGGACGGCGAGAACAAGAAGGAGUGA